CCAUAUCAUGUGAUUCGGGUGUUUCAAUCCCCUCCAUAUCAUGUGAUUCGGGUGUUCCAAUCCCCUCCAUAUCAUGUGAUUAGGGUGUUCCAAUCCCCUCCAAAUCAUGUGAUUAGGGUGUUCCAAUCCACUCCAAAUCAUGUGAUUAGGGUGUUCCAAUCCACUCCAAAUCAUGUGAUUCAGGUGUUCCAAUCCCCUCCCAAUCAUGUGAUUCAGGUGUUCCAAUCCCCUCCAUAUCAUGGGAUUCAGGUGUUCCAAUCCCCUCCAUAUCAUGUGAUUCAGGUGUUCCAAUCCCCUCCAUAUCAUGCGAUUCAGGUGUUCCAAUCCCUUCCCAAUCAUGCGAUUCAGGUGUUCCAAUCCCCUCCAUAUCAUGUGAUUCAGGUGUUCCAAUCCCCUCCCAAUCAUGUGAUUCAGGUGUUCCAAUCCCCUCCCUAUCAUGUGAUUCAGGUGUCCCAAUCCCCUCCAUGGACACAGGUGUACACAAUC